AUGGAUUUCAGAGAUUCCGGUGAAAGUCAAUCAAAGUACAAAGGAAUCCGUCGCCGGAAAUGGGGAAAAUGGGUAUCGGAGAUUCGAGUUCCGGGAACUCGUGACCGUCUCUGGUUAGGCUCAUUCUCAACCGCAGAAGGCGCAGCCGUAGCACACGACGUCGCUUUCUACUGUUUACACCAACCAAAUUCACUCGAAUCUCUCAAUUUUCCUCACUUGCUUCCUCCUUCGAUCGUCUCCAUAACUUCACCGAGAUCUAUCCAGCAAGCUGCUUCCAAUGCCGGAAUGGCCAUCGACGCCGGAAUAGUCCACCGUAACGACGAUUUUAUUAUGUCCGGGAACUCUGUGUACGGCCAUGGUCAUACGACGACGUUUUGUGAGAAUGGAUCAGGUCAAGUAUUGGAGCCGUUGAAUAUUUCAGUGUAUGAUUAUCUGGACGGUCACGAUCACGUUUGA